GGAUGAUUCACCACUUCUAGAAACUAUUCAUAAAUGCUUGUCUUAUUUUUUGUGCAUGAUUCAAUUCUUAAUUUAUGUUUACACACCAUAAAUUGUUUUUUUUUCUAAAUAAGUUUUUGUCUAUCCAUAGUUGCUAACGUGGUUUUGCAUUUUUAUAAAUAGCUAAUAAUUCCAUUUUCUAUUAUCUUAUCCGUCACCCCUUCUCUCUAUAUAAAACCAUUUUCACUUUCCUAUAAACGUACGUGAUAACCCCUAUAUAUAUCUCAAUGGCCGGUUCGGUUAUGGUUCCGUCCGUUUCAAUCGGUUUAGCCUUAUCUGUCUUAAUCUUCUUCGCUCUUUCCCUCAAGACCCUUGAAGCUCGUGGAACCUUCGGCAGGCUUGCCGGACAGCCACCGCAGAGGACUGCUGCCGGCGGCAUAUGCGCUUCUUCUGUUCACAUAUUUGGUUACAAGUGCGAAGAACAUGAUGUGGUGACUCAAGAUGGGUACAUAUUGAAUAUGCAAAGGAUACCGGAAGGACGAGCCGGAGCCGUCGCCGGAGAUGGGGGAAAGAGACAACCUGUCCUAAUACAACAUGGAAUUCUUGUCGAUGGGAUGUCAUGGCUGUUGAAUCCAGCGGAUCAAAAUCUGCCGUUGAUUUUGGCGGAUCAAGGAUUCGAUGUGUGGAUGGGGAACACAAGAGGGACUAGAUUCAGCAGAAGACACAAGUACCUUAACCCUUCUCAACGGGCUUUCUGGAACUGGACGUGGGACGAGCUUGUGAGUUACGAUCUGCCUGCUAUGUUUGACCAUAUCCAUGGCCUAACAGGCCAAAAGAUUCACUACCUCGGACACUCUUUGGGGACGUUAAUAGGAUUUGCUUCGUUCUCAGAAAAAGGGUUGGUGGAUCAAGUGAGAUCGGCGGCGAUGUUGAGUCCCGUUGCUUAUCUCAGCCACAUGACCACCGUCAUCGGCGAUAUCGCCGCAAAAACCUUCCUCGCCGAGGCCACCUCUAUUCUUGGAUGGCCAGAGUUUAACCCGAAAAGUGGAUUAGUAGGGGAUUUUAUAAAGGCUAUAUGCCUUAAAGCGGGGAUCGACUGUUAUGAUUUAGUCUCUGUUAUCACUGGAAAGAAUUGCUGCCUUAACGCAUCAACCAUUGAUCUGUUCCUUGCCAACGAACCUCAAUCUACUUCCACCAAGAACAUGAUCCACCUUGCUCAAACGGUAAGAGACAAGGAGUUGAGAAAAUACAACUAUGGAAGCAGUGAUCGCAACAUAAAACAUUACGGUCAAGCGAUACCACCGGCAUACAACAUAUCGGCGAUCCCACACGAGCUUCCGCUUUUUUUCAGCUACGGUGGUUUAGAUAGCCUGGCUGAUGUGAAAGACGUUGAGUUUCUCCUUGACCAGUUUAAGUAUCACGACAUCGAUAAGAUGAAUGUGCAGUUUGUGAAAGACUAUGCUCAUGCUGAUUUCAUCAUGGGUGUUACUGCCAAAGACGUUGUUUAUAACCAAGUUGCUACCUUUUUCAAACGACAAGCUUGAUAAUAUUAUUACCUUGUCAUUAGUUUAUGUAAUUGCAUGUGCCCAUAUUCUUCAAUUGUUUCCCUCUAAACAAAAUGGGCAAAAAUAAAAUUAAAAUUUUUAUGAAAAAGUAUACCAGUCUACUAGCUUCUAAUUAAAAUAAUCCCAA